GGAGAGAUCAUAGUGUUUCUCACACACACACACUCACUGUGGACUAGAGCACUGCGUGCGUGUCUGCGCAUGGUAUUCGUCACGCAGCAGAGAAGUGGUUCAGUCCACGCGGAGCCGUCGCUAUGGAGUGAAGCAGCCGCAGAGGCAGAUCCUGAGAGAAGAAGCCACAGCCACGGAGAGAAAGAAAGAGAAAGAGAAGAAGACAGAUUCAUCCACGGAAUUAGAGAGACAGAGAGAGGGGGAACCAUGGAGAGAACUCAGCCACGACACGGACUGAGACUUUUCACAUCACUCCUCAUCUUUUGCGGACUUACACGUGUGAGCAGUAACCAUGUGAUCGUUCCUGAGAAAGUGAAUGCCGUGCUGGGGAAGAACAUCACGCUAGGCUGCAGAAUCGUGGUGGGCUCCAACCUCAGCCUCACUCAGAUCUCCUGGGAACGUCCCGUUUCUUCAGGCACCAUUACACUGGCAGUGUUCAACCCCAAGUAUGGAACGUCGUACUCUGAUGACUACGCCCAGCGCAUCUCAUUUGUGUCCCCCUCAAUACAAGAUGCUACCAUUACCCUCAAAGAGGUUGGCUUUGCAGAUAUCGGCUCCUAUAUCUGCAAAGUGGUGACGUUUCCUCUGGGCAACACUCAAGCGUCAACCGUUGUCAACAUAUUAGUGGAGCCUAAGGUCUACGUGUCCGCCGGCCCCACAGCUCUGCUGGACGGCACGAACGAGUCGCUGGUGGCCACCUGCAUAGCCGAGCGCGGACGUCCCGCCGCCGAGGUCUUCUGGGAGACAGAGCUGUACGGGCGAAGCGAGAGGCAGAAUCAGGAGGAGCCCAACAGCACCACCACUGUUCAUGUGCAGUACCUGUGGAAGCCGCAGAGCUACGCCCAGGGGAAGGUGCUCACCUGCGUGGUGCGCCACCCGGCCUUGCAAACAGACUUCCGCAUCCCCUACACGCUGAACAUUCAGUUUGCACCGAUGGUAUCAAUAACUGGACUGGACAAAAACUGGUAUGUGGGUCAGGAGAAUGUGAAGUUCACCUGUGGAGCCAAAGCCAACCCACCGGCCCGACACUUCACAUGGAUCAGGUUGGAUGGAUUAAUGCCCGAAGGUGUCGACGUCUCAAACAACACCUUUGCUUUCACCCGCCCGCUGGAGCGGAAUGACUCCGGAGUUUAUCGCUGUGAGGUGAUGAAUGACAUCGGACUCCGCAGUCAGAAUGUUAACCUCUGGGUGCACGAUCCUCCCCCCACCACCGCAGGCCCCAGCACCACUGCACCCCUCCGUCACGACACUUCUAGAACUGGCACUGCCGUGGACCAGCAGAGAGCCCUGUUCACGUCCCCGACCCUGGCCUCUUUAACCGACAGCAGCCUGGGCACCAUCAUCGGCGGGGCCGUGGGUGGAGUUCUGUUCCUGAUCCUGCUGCUCAUCCUGGGCGGGGUUUGUUUCAUGCGUCAGCGCAGGACCUUCAGGGGCGACUACUACACCAAACAGUACCUGGGACCCUCCGACAUGCAGAAGGAGUCCCAGCUGGACGUGCUGCAGCCGCACGAGCUGCAGGAGGUCUACGGCGACAAGACGAGCAAAGGCAGCCAGGAGCUGAAACCAAAACUGGGCGGAGACAUAAUUUAUCCCGACUACACCCCCGAACGCAAGGACAGAGACGACUGGGCCGACAAGGGCGACAUCCACAGGAGUCUCAAGGAGGGAAACUACUACCCUGAUCACUACACCCAAAAUAUGCAUCCAUGUGGGCCUCCCGUGCACAGCCCCAUAGGGAACAACGGCUCCCCCUACCUACCGGAGGACUGCUAUGACAAUGGUACGGACAGCGACUAUGUCUCGCACAUGGACGGAUCUGUGAUCUCACGCAGAGAGUGGUAUGUUUGAGAGGAAGAGAAAAUCAAACGGACAAAAGACUGAGAAUAAUUUAACGAGUGGCAGAUAUAAAUAUCGUUAUAGGUUGUGUCAUUUCGCAGUGAGCUCUUUGAACAGUACUGCUCCACCUUGAUUGUAACCACUUAACCUUAAGGACACGUUUUCUGGAUUGUACUUCACUCGCGUAGCUUUUCGACGAGUCACAGAUGCGCCGGUGUCGGCCUCGUCGAGGCCGCGGCUUAAAGAGAAGUCUCAAGUGACGUGAAUGAGUUUUGUUUUCUGCUCGUUUUGCAUUUGCACCUGUCUUUAACAGGCCACUGGUCAGGUGUUCAGGCCCUCGUUGCUGAAGUAUUUAUAUCCACGUCUGACUGAGCUCGACUCCCAUAAAAACCUCACGACUGCUGUGGAAUUUUGACAGUUGCUCCACUGAGUGAUGACAGCUUUUUCUUACAGGUGAUACCUUUAUCAUGGCUGCAGACUUACAGUACUUACAGCAAAUUAUACUGCAUGGUUUUCUUUUUACACGGCAAAAGAAAAUAUCAUCGAGGUAAAGGGAAAGUAACAUGACUAAAAGGGAGACAUACAAAGGCAUUUCACUGAGGGGAAAGAAGGACGUUUGUGAGGUUGUGAGCAAAAGUAUCUUGUGUUAAUUAUUCAUGAAUCUUCAGUUCGCCUUUACCAAACAAAGUCAUCAUGUGGUUUUGCUUUGAUGAACUCUGAAAACAAAACCAUGGGAGCAUUUCGUUACACAAAGUCAGGACAGAAAAGUUUAGAUGCUGGAGCACUUUUAGUCAAAUAAUUAAUUGGUGUUGCUCCGUUUCCCUUUUACAAAAAUCAAACUCUAUGUGGUUAUGAAAAGAAAAAAUGUUAAGAAUCAUUUUGUAGGUCCUCUUUUCUGAGCUCAAGCAGUCAGUCGUACUGUAGUUAAAGUUAAAUCAAUUGUUUCCUAUGGCUGUUUCAAAAUAAGAGCCUCAGCACAGGUGGAGGCAUUAAACUGAAACACUUCUCAUUCACUUUAAAUGGAGCCGCAUUAAGUCUUGCCUGAACUUUGCACUGUGGGUCUGUCGCUCCACUUUGCGAGCGCUGCUGCGUGUGGGAAAAGCUGAGAAAUGUUUAAUGUUUAAAUGUUUCUGUCUGAGCAGCAGCGUGAGCACCAGGCAGUCAGAUCAUAUUUAUGUGUCGAAGCUCAAAUGUUGUGCGUUUUUUUUGGUCAUAAUGUGAUCGACAAUGCAGACAUCAUGUGACGGACGCGACCUGUGGCCUCCCGUGUCAGGCCGUUCACACGCACUGUCUUUUAGGCACAAACACAUUAUUUUCAAGAGUGUGUGUUUUGAUACUUUGACCAAAGAUGUCAAAGGUCAAACUGGUCUUUGUCAACUCCAAAAUAAGCUCAGAAACCUCCAUCAUCCAGAUGAAGCUCUGGAAGCAUUUCCUUUGUUUUCAUUUGUUGUUUUUUUCUCUCUUGAUUUCAGAAAAUGUUGAUCAACGUUACCCAAACCUCAAAAUCAUGAUGUUCUCAUGAUGUGUUGUCCACACAGUUAUUCACAAAAAAAGUUAUUUUUUAUAAUCGAUGAAUCUCGAAAUGUCUCGGUUUUGUCCACAAACCAGAAUGAUUCAGUUUCAACCAUUUAAUCGAUUAGCGAAUGAGUUGCCGAUCAACAAACCAGAAGUGCAGCCUCACAGGUGCUGUGGCUCAAGUUGGUUUAACUUAUUUCCCCGUGUUUUUCAAGCGUUUUGUUUUGUUAGAAGCUGCAUGUGAACGGCCUUAAACUGACACAUAUUCACUUUACUGUGAAGCAGCAGUAGCAGAGGGAUCAGUAACUUCAGCCUCGGGAGCUGAUGAAUUUGCGUCAGAUUUCAUUGAUUUCAGGAGUCCAGUUUUCUGUGAAUCCCAGGAUUGGCGUCCUGCCGUCACCACAAAAACCCGUAAUCACUCAAUGUAAACACGUCGGGCUGCAGCAUGAGAAUCGUAUAGAUUAGAACACAAAUAUCAGUAUUAAAUGCAGCUCUGGCCGCGAAGACGCACGACUGUGUUUGUGUGUCAGCGUUCCCUGGGCUUCGUCCAUGACAACAGGCCCGUCUUCUCCUCCGUCCUCCGUCCCUCUCGUCCUCCACGUUCUGUCUGCAGAGCUAACACCAAUUGGUCAUUACAGUUUUUUAUUUAAGCGCAGGAUCAAAGCGGCGUGUUAUAACUACCAGAUGUGACUACAACAGCUGUCGUCAUCCGACAUUAUGUGGCUCCGUAAACCACCAACAGUUUCUCUGCUCGACGCAGCCGCCGCCGCCGCCACAGCCGCCGUGAUUCAUGAUGGCAACUAAGCAAAAACUGAAUCUUAUUUUAUAUAUAAAUAUAUAUAUAUAUAAAAAUACGAUUUUUUUCUUUACUUUGUUUGUGUUUGAAGUUUUAUUCAAAUACCUUGGAAACACUGUGAGGGUCUGACAUCAUUAGUGAUCACACAAGUGGCUCAAAUGUUGAGGUUUGGCUUUGAGCAGACGCAGCGCUGUUCAUGGAAACUAGAAACUUAAUCCACCAGUGGAGAGAAAAAAAAAAGAAAAGAAAAGAAAUUUGUUGCAGAACCAUCCAGUUUAGAGCUGUCUCUGUAACGGCUCCCUCCAGGGAUUUAUACAAAUACAGUGUAUAUUAUUUUCUCUUUCCUACAAACAACAAACCCGGCGACGUUUAGUCGAAACAAAAGACCUCAUCACUGAUCUCAUCUCUCACCGUUUGAUUUGAACCUCGCACUUUUCCACUUAGUGCUUCUUUUUUCCCUGUUUCAGGAUCAAAGCGGCCGCUCUAAAUCCUCACAUGAAAGCGAAAGCCUUGUCUUUUUUUAGGAAACUUCCCAGUUUAAUCAAUCAGAGUGUUUGUUUCUCGAAGGAGGAGCUAUAUUUGAGUGUCAGAGUGAGAUCAAAACUGAGGGGAUUGGUAUAUUUUGAGGUCUCCCUUUUUUUUUCUGACUUAUUGGGGUUUUAUAUAGUGUGGGUGCACACUUUCUCUUUUUUUAUCCCUUCUCCACCCUUGUUUUUUCAUGUCAGGGCUUUGGUUGAAGGUUCAGAUGUCUGAGAAUAAACUGCUUUAAUCUUUUUCAGCUCGCUCUCACUCCCAUCAUCGCACACACACACACACACACACGCACACACACACACGGCCACUGCACAUCUGCCGCUGCUGCCCACACUCAAAGAAGAGCGGGCCUCACCUCAAACCCUCUCAGCUUUUUAAUUAACUCUUGUUUCUCAUCGCAUUUGGUGACGGCAAAAUUCUGUCGAUUCAGUGAAAUUGCACAUUUUUGUAUGCAAUGUCUUUACUUUCAUAAUUGAUGAAUUUGUCAAUCAUUUUCUCUAAAAAAUGUCAGAAAAUGUUUCCAAAACCAGUUUUAAUGAUUUCUUUGUGAUCUGGAGCAAAGAAACCAGAAAAUAUUCACAUUUAAGAAGCUGGAAAAUCAGAAAACUUCUGUAAAAAUCGUUACAGCCCUAAAAAUGAACUGAAGCGAUGAAUGUUUAACUUUUUUUGGAUCUGUUACUUUUUGUCUUGGUUGCAUGGAAGUUAUUUCGUUGCCGACCACGCUCAUAAUUUCCCAUGUAUACAUGUACAUAAUGCUGAUAGUUUAGGAUUAGCUGUUUCUCUCAUGGUUUAGUUUAUGUUAUGUUCAUGUACAGUUUUGUUUUUCUGGUCUCCCCUACUGAAGCGUCGGUGCCUUAGAAAUGGCUGAGCAAUGCACAGAAACUUUAAAAAAAAAAACAAAAAAAAAAAACGACAAUUACUGAAAGGUUUCCACAUAAUUUAAUAUCAUUACAUUGUCUUCAACCGCGGGAUUUUACGAGUGGCCGCGAACGACACGUCGCAGUAGACAAGAGGUUGAUUGUCGCGCCUUAAACACUUUGAACGGACACGAGUGUAACACGAGUUAGUUACCGAGAAAAAGGAAAAACAAAAGUAUAGUUUCACUGGGAUUUGAGGAAAGCCAGAUUCAAAGAAAAUAUUAUUGUCCUGUAAAUAAGCUGGCUGUUUUUUGUUUUUUUUAAUUGUUAUUAUAAUUAUUAUUAUUAUUGAGAAUAAUUAUUUUUUUGUAUGAGGUCUGUCAUUUUCACAGAGUAUUAGUUUGAGCAGCGACGCUGUUUUCUCUGCAGUUUUCUAUUUUGUUCUGAAGAGUUUCUGGCCGAUUGUGUUUUGGUUUUGUUCUCCAUUGAAUGAUUGAUGUCUCACAGGAAUCGGAGAUGACGGUGCAGAAGCUUGUAUUUUUGUUCCUUUGUUUGCAAUAAAAAGAGCAUCAUUAUUGCA